ACGUGAUCCGCUGUACAGGAAGUAAAUGAAGCGUCGUCCCGCGUCAUCGCGCGCUUUCGAAACGCGGCCUAAAUGCAAUUAUUAAACAAAAUGGACGAGCUUUAUCUGGAUAACAUCGACGAGUACGUCAACGACCACGACAAGAUCGUUACAUAUAAAUGGCUGAGUCUCACUCUUGGAGUUCAUGUCAACACAGCUAAACAAAUGCUCUAUCACUACCUGGACCACAAGAGGAAGGAGAGCUCAGCUCAGCUCCAUGCAACUUACUUCGUUUCGGGAAAGUGUGUGGACAAUGGUCACACGAGUCAUAAGGCGUCAGUGGUGCGUGAGGAACAGCUGGAAGAAUUCAAGUCCAAGAUGAGUUUGAUCGUAAGCGUGCACGUUUACAGCGUCCAGAAAGCUCUGCUGAGAGACAGCGGGCCGCUCUAUGCUGUCGACUACGACGCCGUCAAAGACAACCUCCUCAGCUGCAGCAAGUAUAGCGCCAUACGGUGCUCCAGUGCCGUUCCCAUGUCCUCGGUGGAACGCAACGCUCAGCAAGCUCCGCCUCCUCCUGUUCUAGAGCCUCAACAGAGCAAGAAGCCUUCCACUAAUGGAGACACCACUUCCAAAGCCAGGCCGGCCAAAAGCAUCAUGGGGAUGUUCGCUGGAAAAGCUGCAGUAGCUAAGAGCCAAGAUGGUGGCAAAGAGGUGAAGUCAGAGCCUCAGGAAGCAGCAGCUGAGGUGGAUGUCCCCAAAGGAAAAGCAUCGGCAAAGUUCAAUCACAUGAUGAACUUCUUUGGCAAUCAAAGCAUGAAGAAACAAGAGAAACCUGUGAAGGAGGAGGAAGAAGUAGCAGUGGAGUCCUCGUUGGCGGAACCACGACAGCUGGAAAAAGUGCAAGGAGAAAAGGUCACAACGGAACCGCCAAAGUACAACAAGAAAGACUCAAGAAGCAAAACCAAACGUCUUCAGAGUUCUGACAGUGAGGAGGACAAAAUGGAGAAGAAGAAACGGCGAAGGAUCAAGAAGCCUGUGCCAGACAGCAGCGAAGACGAAGAUGUCAUUCCAGAUUCACCGCCACCAGUGGCUAUGAGAGAAACCUCACCAGCUCCCACCAUGGAACCUGCUUCACAUCCGGGACUUUCUGAGACGACUAAAAUACGCAAGCGCAGACGUGUCCUGAAAUCUCGAACCUUCGUGGAUGAAGAAGAUUGCAUCGUGACGGAGAAAGGCUACGAGAGUGAGUCGUACUCGGAAGACGAAAGCGCCACCAAGCAAGCGCCGACAAAAAAUCAGGCCAAAACAAAAACGUCAGCAAGCAACGAGAAGAAGAGUCAAAAGAAAACUACAGAGAACAAAGCGACAAAACAAGCUUCCAUUAUGGGAUUUUUCCAGAAGAAGUGAUGGACAAAAAACAUAGACAUGUACAAACACACACUCACACACUCAUUCUCCAUAAACUUACGGUGCUGUCAUAUAAUAAACACUCAUGGAAAAAUG